UUGUGAGUGCUCUUAGAAACAAGCCCAUUACACUAGAGAUGAACAAAUGAUACCGGGUUUCAGUUCCAAACCGAGUACAUUUUUGGUACCGACUUUUAACACUUUUGAUACCGGUAUUUACCCUCAAAUACGUACCAGUUGGUACCGAGCUUAUGCUAUAUUACACCUUUCAAGUCACAAAAUAACAAACCUAAAUUGGAUUCCCCUGAUUAAGUCGAUGUUAUUAGACCGAAUGUGAAGAGGCCUGAACAACAAGCUUGCCAUUAAAAGCCACGAUUAAGCGGUUAUUAAGAGAAUGCUAAGGAAGCUUGUGAAUCCAAAUCGCGGUUUCUGUACAUCGGUUCAAUCACAAAGGCCAUGGUUGUUCAUAGGUUUGGGCAAUCCUGGAGAUAAGUUCAAAGGAACAAGACACAAUGUCGGAUUUAAUAUGAUUGAUGCUUUUGCUGAGUCACAAGGGAUUGCUAUGGACACUGUUUUCUGUAAAGCCAUUUUUGGAAAAGGUAUUGUAGAUGGUGUUCCGGUUUUAUUAGCAAAGCCUCAGACAUAUAUGAAUUUGAGCGGUGAAUCGAGUGGUCCACUUGCUGCCUAUUACAAGCUCCCUCUAAACCGAGUGGUGGUGUUCCAUGAUGAUAUGGAUCUACCAUGUGGGGUUCUUCGGCUUCAGCCCAGGGGAGGCCAUGGAAGCCAUAACGGGAUGAAGAGUGUGAUCUAUCAUUUCCGUGGGAAUCGCGAAUUCACACGAUUAAGAAUCGGUAUAGGUAAGCCUCCUGGUCAAAUGGAUCCGAAAGCCUUCUUGCUUCAAAAGUUCAAUGCCACCGCUCAAGAACGAAUUAAUGUUGGUUUGAAAGAGGGGGUUAUCGCGUUGAAAGAACUUGUGGCAAAGGGUGUGGAAGAGAGCGGUAGAAGAUUCAACACAGAGCAGAAAUACAAACACAUUAAAGUCGCAGAUAAUGACGAUACGAUCCUCAGACAAUCCGAUUAGUUGAUUUGUUAUUCGGUCAUGCUUCAAUACGUUAUUGUGUACAUAUAAUUACGCUUAGGAAUUUUUGUACUUAUUAGGGGUGAGCAAAAGGAAAAACCCGACCAUUACCCGACCCGAGAACCGAUCAAACAUAAAAUACAGAACCGAUUCACUACCCUAAAUACAGGGUCGGUUCCGGUCCAUAGACCAAAGUCGGGUUUCACCAUGAAAAGAACCAAGAACCGACCCGACCCGAGCCGAUUUUAUAUGAAAAAUUGGAACCGAUCUAAAUACCUAGGUACUUGGGUUCGGGUCAGGUUGGGUAUAUUUUCGGUUCGGUUCUCGGUCAUUUUCGGUCCGGACCUAAACUUGCUCAGCCCUAGUACUUAUGGACAUUUAAGGUUGAGUGAUGAAAUGGUGUCUGUGGUGGGAAAUUGCUUAAUGAAGCAAAAGGGGAAUAAAUUCAAAGGAAACUAAAUUAGAAGUAUGGAUAAUAAUGGUAAAACUUGAUGGUUUUAA